CCGGGCUUGGAGGAACAUGUUGAGACGUUUACAAACUGCGAAAUCAUCCGACAUCAUACAACGCGUUUACACUACAAACACAAACUGGAAGGGCUGAGUGCAGCGUGGGUGCCCAGGGAUAGGCCGUCUGAGGCUGGGGAGCAGAGUGGCCAGUCCCCCCCGGUUAUGAACCACACCGAGGGAGGCCUGGUCAUCUUCAGCGCCAACUCACACCCCUCCUCCAGGGAGAUCAGCAAGAGGAUAGGAGAGCGUCUGGGGGUGGAGCUUGGGAAGGUUCAGGUGUACCAGGAAGACAACAGAGAAACGCGUGUGCAGAUCCAGGAGUCGGUUCGAGGCAAAGAUGUCUUCAUCAUCCAGACAGUGUCUAAGGAUGUGAACACUACCAUCAUGGAGUUGUUGAUCAUGGUGUAUGCGUGCAGGACUUCCUGUGCCAGGAGUAUCACCGGGGUAAUCCCCUACUUCCCUUACAGUAAACAGUGUAAGAUGAGGAAGAGAGGGUCUAUCGUCUCCAAGCUGCUGGCCUCCAUGAUGUGUAAAGCAGGUCUGACCCAUCUCAUCACUAUGGAUCUUCAUCAGAAGGAGAUUCAGGGCUUCUUCAACAUCCCAGUAGACAACCUGAGAGCUUCUCCCUUCCUACUGCAGUACAUUCAGGAGGAGAUUCCUGACUAUAGAAACGCAGUGAUAGUGGCCAAAUCUCCAGCCUCAGCCAAAAGGGCCCAGUCGUUUGCAGAGAGGUUGCGUCUGGGUAUUGCAGUGAUCCAUGGAGAGGCCCAGGAUGCAGAGUCAGACCUGGUGGAUGGAAGACACUCCCCUCCUACUGUCAAGAUACCACGUAACACACACACUCCCCUCCUACUGUCAAGAUACCACGUAACACACACACUCCCCUCCUACUGUCAAGAUACCACGUAACACACACACUCCCCUCCUACUGUCAAGAUACCACG